AUGGCAUCCAAAACGUUCACGCGAGAGGAGGUUGCAGCACACAACACGGAGGGAGACUUGUGGAUCAUCAUCGACUCGAAGGUGUACGAUGUGACACGCUUUAGGGGGAUGCAUCCCGGCGGAGCGUCCGUGCUCCUGGAGGAGGGAAUCCCGGGACAGGACGCAACGGAGGCGUUCUUCAGCUUGCACAGAUACGAAGUGCUCGAGCGACCGCAGUACAAGCGACUGCAGGUUGGCGUCCUCAAGGGCGAGGAGCCGCAGUGCUAUGCCACCUCGAAUAACGGGGAAAUCAGCAAUGUCCCAUAUGCAGAGCCAUCUUGGCUGGCAGAAGGAUACCACAGUCCGUACUACACCGAUAAUCACAGGCGGUUCCAGAAAGCCGUGCGCAAGUUCGUGGAUGAGUACAUAUACCCGGAUGCACAGGCGCGGGAGCUGGAUGGCAAGCGUCCCUCGCAAAGCGUCAUAGACAAGAUGGCAGAGGUCGAGCUGCACGCGAUGCGCAUGGGCCCAGGCAAGCACCUGAAGGGCCGCACGCUCAUGGGCGGCAUCGUCAAGCCCGAGGAGUUCGACUACUUCCACGAGCUCAUCAUCACGCAGGAGCUCUGCCGCUGCGGCGCGCGGGGCUAUGGCGACGGCAUCAACUCGGGCUGCGUCAUCGGCCUGCCGCCCGUGCUCAACUUCGGCUCGCCCGAGCUGCAGGCGCGCAUCGUGCCUGAAGUGUUGGCCGGGAAGAAGUUUAUCUGUCUCGCGGUAUCUGAGGCGCACGCCGGGAGCGAUGUCUUUGGGCUGCAGACGACGGCGACGAAGACGGAGGACGGUAAGCACUGGAUCAUCAAUGGGACGAAGAAGUGGAUCACGAACGGAACGUUCUCGGACUACUUCACUGUCGGUUGCAAGACAGAGGAUGGUUUCACCGUCAUACUAGUCGAGCGCCAAGAGGGCGUCGAGACCAAGCCGAUCAAGACAGCAUAUUCGUCCGCCGCAGGUACUGCUUAUGUGACGCUCGACAACGUCAAGGUACCUGUGGAGAACACACUGGGCGAGGAAGGCGGGGGCAUCUUCGUGAUGCUCAGCAACUUCAACCACGAACGAUGGGUUAUGUGCUGUACGUCUGCGCGGAGCCAGCGGCUUGUUGUGGAUGAGUGUAUGAAGUGGACGCACCAGCGCAAAGCAUUCGGCAAGCCUCUCAACUCCCAGGCGGUCGUGCGUGCGAAGCUCGCGGGCAUGAUUGCACGGACAGAGAGCAUACAGAACUGGCUCGAGAACAUCACAUACCAGAUGUGCAACAUGUCGUAUCGGGAGCAAGCAAAUAAGCUAGCAGGGCCGAUCGCAUUCCUGAAGAUGUACAGCACACGGUGUUCGCAGAUAACAGCCACGGACUCGGUGCAGAUCUUCGGUGGACGGGGCAUCACACAGACCGGCAUGGGUCGAUUCAUUGAACAUUAUCACCGUACUGUGCCCUUCGAUGCACUCCUGGGAGGCGCGGAGGACGUCCUCGCGGAUCUUGGCGUACGUCAGGCGAUGAGGGGCAUGCCUAAGAAUGCGAGACUAUAGGGCUUCCAGCUUGCAGUCGUUAUGUCCCCCGAGGGAGACACUUCCAGCAACCUUAGCGGGUUCAGGAUACCCAGGCCGAAGACACCAUUUCUGAGCCUGUUGUUAUAUAUAAGGGUUUAUGUGCACGCCUGUACAAUAGACGCGAGUUCGCGCAUAAUUUUUACAGAUUUCAUGUGUUCGACCCGA